CGCGGGGCUAUCCAAAGGACCCAAACAACAUGUACCGGAAAUUUUGAGAGCAUGAAGUAAACAUUGGAUGUUAACGCUUAAAUUGUCGGACUUCCAGCUCUUUCAGUUCUCUACAGAGUGGAUAAAAUGAACAACAUGUCCCCUGAGGUUGCUCUGCACAGGAUCUCACCUGAGUUGCGGCCUUUGCUGUGCAGUGUUGUGCGAAAUGGCAGAGUGGGACUCGACUCCACAAACUGCCUUCGAGUCACAGACCUCAAAACUGGAUGUACAUCUCUGACCCCCGGUCCCUGCUGUGAUCGCUUCAAACUUCACAUCCCCUAUGCUGGAGAAACCCUGAAAUGGGAUAUCAUAUUCAAUGCACAGUAUCCAGAAUUGCCGCCAGAUUUUAUUUUUGGAGAAGAUGCCGAGUUUCUGCCUGAACCCUCUGAACUACCGCACUUGGUCCAGUGGGAUGCUGGAGAUCCAGAAUGUUUGCUCCAGCUGGUGAAGGAGCUUAUCCAGCAGUACCAUCACUACCAGUGCCAGCGUCUGCGCGAAAGCUCCAGGCUGCUCUUUGAGUAUGACAGUCUGCUGGAGGAUCCCAACUAUGGCCGCAACAUGGAGGUUUAUGCUGGACGCAAAAACAGCUGGACUGGAGAGUUUUCAGCCCGUUUCCUUCUCAAACUCCCUGUGGACUUCAGCAACAUCCCCGUCUAUCUUCUCAAGGACACAGCGCUGGACCCAGGAGAGGAUGUGGCUCUUCUCUCAGUCAGCUUUGAGGAUGCUGAAGCUACCCAAGUCUUCCCUAAACUCUACCUCUCCCCCAGCAUUGAACAUGCUCUGGGAGGCUCCUCAGCACUUCAUAUCCCAGCAUUCCCCAGUGGAGGAUGCCUUAUUGACUAUGUCCCUCAAGUGUGCCAGUUACUCACCAACAAGGUUCAGUAUGUCAUCCAAGGCUAUCACAAGAGGAGAGAGUACAUCGCUGCCUUCCUCAGCCACUUUGGAAUGGGCGUGGUGGAGUAUGAUGCUGAGGGAUUUACAAAACUCACUCUCCUGCUAAUGUGGAAGGACUUUUGCUUCCUAGUACAUGUGGAUCUCCCAUUGUACUUCCCAAGGGACCAGCCCACUCUCACCUUCCAGUCUGUGUAUCACUUCACCAACAGUGGCCAGCUCUAUUCUCAGGUGCAGAAGUCGUAUCCCUACAGCCCUCGCUGGGACGGCAAUGAGAUGGCGAAGAGGGCCAAGGCGUACUUCAAGAGCUUCAUCCCUCAGUUCCAAGAGGGAGCCUUUGCCAACGGGAAACUCUAGUACUCUCUAGCUUAAUGACAUGCCUGGAGAGUUGCCUGUGGGAGUGUGUACGUGAGUGUGUGUCUGCUGUACCUGUAUGUGAGUAUGCGCAGACUGUCACAGUACAGUGAGAAUGACAGUGUGCUUACUGCACGCAGACUCUGUGAAUUCCAUGUUGUUUGACCUUGAAAUGGUUGCCUCUCAGUACAUUCACCUUUUAUUUUAGUUUUAGUCAAAGUAGUGAGAAGCCACUUUGGUGUAGACGUUGAGAAGGAGAUGCCACAACAAAGACAUUAUACAACAAAACUCAUAAAUUUUCUGAACAGUUAGGAAAUAGAAUUUACAAGCAAGCAAUGUGAAAAUGAAGUUUCCCCACCUGUAAAGGAUUAUGUGAAAAUAGCAGACACCUGAACAUUGUGCUCAUGUCACACUUUUAAUUCUGAUCAGUUUGAAAUUACGAUUGGUUGACACGUUCACAUUUAUUUUGUAAAGAAACUCCAAACCUUUGACAGGAACUUGGCGUGAAGACCUGUGCAAUCUGUCAGUCUGACCAACAAUAACUAGCAUUGUGUGAUUGUAUUGUGCCAAUGACGCCUGGCUUCAAGCAGUCAAACCACAGAGGCUUCGGGCUCGCAACACUCCAUCUUGAGCUGCCGUGCUGUGAAGGAUAUUUGUUGAUAUGUAAACAAUAUGUAAACUAUUAAAUAUUCACAAAGAGCUGUAGGGAUGAUGCAAACGACCUUUGUUUACUUUGUCGCUCAUGGUUGUCAAGUUUGCUAGAUGUUAAAAUAAUCCACAACUAAUUUUGCCUUUUAUUUGUACGUUUGUUCCAUUUGAGCGUUAAAAACCCUGUGAAGUCUUUUACUAACAGGUUGACAGUACUGUGAAUCAUUGAAUGUUUUGUUGGAAUUUCCAUCCAGUAAACAAGUCUGUCACCUCUGACUGUGUCACUGUUUGCGCUUGGUCUGCACUGUCGGUUGUUUUGGAAACUAUAGUUUAAAAAUGUAAAUGGUUUUAUACCCUGAAAACUUCUUAGCUUGUGUGCUUCUCACUUUUUUUUUCCUUUUUCUUUUUUAUGUCUUCCCACAGGAAACGAAACAAGUUUGGGUUUCUUUUCUUGCUCAUACAGCCAUCUUGCCAAUCAUUUCUCAUAAGGCUCAGAUUGAAGUGUGCCACAAAAAAAAACACCAACUGUAGGGUCAUGUAUCUCGAACACUUUGCCCUACCCCAACAGUCUGUCCCAACAAUACUUGGUAAACCCUACCCCUGAUCAUAGGAUCACCCUCCACAUAUUUAAUAACAAUUUGUCUGAGAGAAAACUAAAUGUCUGCACCUCUUCUUUGCUUUGUUUUUCCAGGAGUUAUAAAAUACAGCCAGUGUCAAUUUACUUCAUUUUUAUAGUUUAUUUGAUAGGGACAAGGCAAAUUAACAUAGUACAGCCUGUUACAAACAAGCUUUAGUAACUGAUGAUUCACAUAUAGAGAUUAUAGCUACGACUAGAUUCCAACUCCUGUCCAUACGUUUGGCUUUCAGUAAAGAAAAAAGAGUAGAAAAGAGUAGAUAUCAAGGUUACAUACAAUAACAUUUAAACAAAAACGGUAAUGUAAAUAUUUAGAUCAAGAUUACAUAGAAUUAUAACAUAUGGUUACAUUAAAAAAAGGAAUCACAGGUCAUUUCAAAGAGAGAAGUUUCCUAUUUGCUGUUCUUCAAAUGCAGAUGCACAUGCAUCUCCCCCCAAAUUUAGUCUCCUGUAGGGAACAUCAAUGUCUGCUGUAAAUCGUCAGUUUUAAUAGUCGAAGAAAUCAAUCAGAUUCAUUGUCUGGAAAUAACAAAUUUCAGUGUUGAAUUUUUCUCUGAUCCAAUAGCUAAGGGAAAAGUUUGACUGCUGAUGGUGGUAGAGAUAAAGUGUGGGGAUGACCAAAUUUAUGAGGUUUAUUCUGGGGACAUCCCAAAAGCAGAAACAGAAAAUUCUUUUGAAUCAAAGUCAAAGAGACAGCUGUUUGAAAGAAAUUGCAAUUUUAAGGGAGACAAAUUUUUGCAAAACAGAUCUUUAUAUUUUUGUGAUGCCAUACUUAUGAAGUCUAAGUGUGGAAUAUGCCCUUCAGAUGUGCAAAGGUGCACUUUAUGCGUACACCUUUGUAUCUGUAAGGCAUUUGUAAACCCAAGAGAUUCUUUUUUUUUUUUUUUCACAGACCCCUAAUGUGCUUGUGUAAUAAGGAGCCACAGCACAGGAUGUGGUGAGGAUGUGUGUGUGUGUGUGUGUG